AUGGAUGACGUCAAACACAUGAACCAGAUGAUCCUGUACUCAAAAUGCGUGACGAUAAGGGACGCCCAGAUUGAAGAGAAAAGGAACAUGAUGAUCGAGUCGGAGGAGGAGAGCCGUCGACUGGAUUUAAUGAUGGAGAUUGAGAGAUUGAAGGCCAUUGAGAAUUACGAGCUUGCGGAAGCGCAACGGGCUGAGGAGCGGAAACGCGGGGCCGCAGUGCUGGCCCAGCAGAUCGAGAUGCGGGAGGGAGAGCGCGUUCGCGAAGAGGAGCUUCGGGCGCGCGAGAGGGAGCACAUGCUGCGGGAGGUCGAGCGGCUCAAGGAGGAGGAAAGGAAGCAACAGGUUAGAAAGAAGCUAGUGGCAGAUACGAUGAUGGAGGAGGUCGCGGUGGCCAAUGCGGAGCAGAUCAAAAGGAAGGAAGUCAUGAAGGAGAGGGAGAAGGCGGAGGACGCCCGCAUCCUCGAUUACAUACGCCAGAGGGACAAGCGGCAGCAGGAGCUCGCCAUGGAAAAGGAGAGGAUCGCCAAGGAGAAGGAGCUGGAGACCGCCCGUCUGCGCGCCCAGCAGGAGAAGGCCGCCGACAAGCAGGCCGAGGAAGACGAGCUGCGGGCGCGGCGCUACCAGGAGGCCAAGGAACGCGAGUGGCGAUCCAAAGAGCUGGAGGCCAAGGACAAAGAGGCGGCCAUCAUGAAGGAUCUGGCGGUGGCGCGGGAGGCGCAGAAAGCCGCCAAGAUACGUCAGCUGGCUGACGUGGCGCGCGUGGAGCAGCUGGAGUUCCAGAGGGUGAUAGAGGCCAGCAGGGAGAAGGAGAACAGCGAGAGGCAGCAGGCCGAGGCGCAAGUCGAAGCCAGCAUGCAGUACAAGGAGGAGCUGCUGGCCCAGGUGGCGGCCAACGAGCAGCGGAGGCUGAGGGAGCAGCAGGAGAAGCUGGAGGAGGGGCGGCGCAUCCUGGACGACGCCGCGCGGGAAAAGGCGCGCCUGCAGGCCAUCAAGGAGAAGAAGCUGAAGGAGCUGGAGCGCGCGGGCGUGCCGGCAAAGUACAGGGCGGAGCUGGAGAAGAAGAAAGUGGGAGGGUGGUGA